GUGUGUGUUUGUUUACCGAAAUGAGCUGCUGUGAGUUUGCCUAGAAUUAGGGUUUAAACUCCAAGAAUGAUUUAAUUACGCAGAGGCAGUGAGGUUUGCUAUGGCAGUGUGCGCUCUGACCAUGUUGGACGGCCUCGGCGAGGAGGCCACAGCGCUGGGUGGUGUCCUGAUCUUGCUCCUGGCGCUCAUCCUGGCCUGGCUCUCCACCCACGUGGCUGAUCGCGGUGAUCACAUUCUGGGCACCAUCCUCACCGUCGGCGCCCACGCCUCCCUUAUCGGCCUCGGCGGCCACGACGGCUAUGGGGGCUCUCCGUCCAAUUCGGAGGCGAGCGAGCAGCAGAGCGAAGAAACAUCAGAGGAUGACAAACAGGAGGAGGAGGACGAGGAGGGAGCAGAAAGCACAGGAGAGACUCUGCUCGAUAUACGGGGGGGGAGAAAAAAGACAAAUGAGCGGGAGGAGAGAAUGGACGAAGAGACAGAGGACGAAGAGGACGAGGGCAUGAACAUUACGGUGCGGCUGAAGUUCCUGAAUGAUACUGAGGAAUUGGCCAUGCUGAGGCCUCAGGAUACAGUGGGGGUGUUGAAAAGUAAAUACUUCUCCGGACGUGAGCGUCAAAUCAAGCUGAUCUACCAAGGGCAGCUGCUGCAGGACCCGCGACGUACACUGCUCUCACUCAACAUCACCCACAACAGCGUCCUGCACUGCCACAUCUGCCAGGCUCAGAGCCUGCCCCAGCCCGACACAGACGAUGGCCAACAAGCCCAAGCAGGCGUUUCCAGAGGCGUCAGCGGUGGCCUACGCUCAGCUGCUCUCACACUCAGCAUGGGCAGCCUGGUGGUGCCGGUGUUCGUGGUGCUGCUCGCCGUGGUCUGGUACUUCCGUUUCAAUUACCGGCAGCUGUUUACAGCGCCGGCCACCGUCUCGCUGGUGGGCGUCACAGUCUUCUUCAGCUUUCUCAUCUUCGGAAUGCAUGGCCGCUAAGGACUAGGCUUUGAUCGAAGCGGAAGAUCAAAGCGCAGCGUCAGUUGACGUUCAGCGAUGGAUCAGCAUGUUCAAGAAGUGGUGUGGCGGUUUUUUUAAUACACAGAUAAUUGGUAGUCUGUCUGAGGAGAAGUACAACACAGCGGACACAGAGCAGCGCAAGUGAAUCUCACACCCAUAUAUAUCAUUGUGGGGUUUUUUUUCCUCCCAAUCUAGUCGUAUCCAGUUACCCAGUUGCAUUACGCUUUCUCUUUACUGAUGUUGACCUCCAUUCCUGACUUAGAAGAGCCAUGACUAACACACGCCCCUUUAACACGUGUGCAUGUUUUCACCUCCACGUGGAGAGUUCAUAUGUGGAUCAGCUUUGCGUACGGAGAGACGCACCCUGAUCACAUUAUCCCUCAUCUGUGUAGGCUCCCCAGCCUGCCUGCUGGUAUCUCUAAGCUUCUAUGCUCAUGUGGAAGUGACCCUUGACCGGUAGCUCUAGUCUACACCGAUGAGGCAUAACAUUAUGACCACUUUCCUAACUGACUGGUCUGCGUCUAUGCAGCCCCAUACACAACAAACUGUGAUGCACUGUGUAUUCGGACACCUUUCUAUCAGAACCAGCAUUAACGUCUUCAGCAGUUUGAGUUACAGGAGCUCGUCUGUUGGAUCGGACCACACGGGCCAGCCUACGCUCCCCACGCGCCUCAGUGAGAUACUGACCACUGCAGACCGGGAGCACCUUUGUUAAACUCACUCAAAUCCUUACGCUCGCCCAUUUUUCCUGCUUCUAACAUCAACUUUGAGGAUAAAAUGUUCACUUUCUGCGUAAUAUAUCCCACCCACUAACAGGUGCCGUGAUGACGAGAUAAUCAGUGUUAUUCACUUCACCUGUCAGUGGUCAUAAUGUUAUGCCUUGUCGGUGAACUGUUUCCUUAAUGUCUGGUCUCUCAUGUAACCUGCGAUCACCAUCAUCUAGGAUUCAUGUCUGUUAACAUUUCACUAUUGUUCUUUUACGUUUGUCCAAACGCCAGUCUGUAUUUCAUGUCGUUACCACAGUAACAGUACUAGGACGUAUUUGUUGUUUAGCAAUACACACGAUGUACUUUGUUCUGUACAGACUGCAGAAGUAUGACGUGGUGGAUAACAGGUUCUGUAAAUAAAUAAAUGUAUUCUGUAUAUAUGAAAAAGAAAUAUAAUAACAGAACAGUUUAAUCAUGUUAAUCAUGUUGAAUUGUAUUGCAGACAGCUUGGCAGAAAUUGAAAUCCGAGUCUCUUAUCAGAGAGAGCAUCGGCUGUACAUGUUAGUGAAAUUUAAUCAUUUUUUUAGAAACCUAAUUUAAAUAGUUUAAAUAAUGGAUUUAACAGGCACUUGCAUGAAAACUGUUAAUAUGAAAAGAACUUUAGGGGUCAAACUGGACUGGGAGGAGGUAACAAGGUCAGUUUAUUUCCUACAGAGAAAGUGCUUCAGUGUACCAAAUAGUUUACUUAAAUGAUCUAUUUUUAUAUUAAUUAUAUCAUGCUCAUUAAAAUGAUUAUAAACCACUUC